AAAUAUUUUCCGACGACAGGUAAACAAAAGCCUCAUAGCUCCACCUUUGCAGCCAACACCUGACAGACUAGAAAAGUGACGGAAAAUGACAUUUGUGUUGCUAUACACGGAGCAGUUUGAACAUUGUAGAGAUUUCUGAUUUCACAAGAAAGACAUGGAGCGAGCACAUUGUAGUUCAUCAGACCAGCAUGGCACGGGGAUAAGUAACUGAAGGUACUGUAUCUACCUGUUUCCCUCUACUAUUGGCUGUCUGUGGAACGGUUAAUAUGUCUGCUGUCAGAGUGAAAGUGGCGGUGAGAGCACGUCCCAUGAACCACAGGGAGAAUGAGCUUAAAUCCGAAUGUGUCGUGCAAGUGAAAGGCAACCAGAUAUUUCUGUUGCCUCCUCCAAGUCACAAGGAAGACCACAUGAAGGUAAAAAAGGAAUUCACUUUCGACCAUUGCUUUUUGACUGUGGAUGAAAACCAUGCAGGGCAAGAGGAGGUUUUUAGUGUUCUUGGAUCGGAACUUGUUGACAAUGUCUUCAAAGGGUUCAAUGCUUGCAUAUUUGCCUAUGGACAAACAGGAUCGGGAAAAUCAUUUUCAAUGAUGGGAACCGACGAACAGCCAGGUCUCAUUCCAAUGAUCAGUUCCGAGUUAUUUAAGAGAGAACACAACUCCAGACAGCUGAGAGUGGAAGUUUCCUUCAUGGAAAUAUACAACGAAAAGGUGAGGGAUCUAUUACAGUCAAAGGAAAACCAAAAGACACUCAAAGUCCGGGAGAGCAAACAGUUUGGCCCCUAUGUGGAGGGUCUGUCUCAUCAUACGGUCUCUAACUAUGAAAAUAUAAACUGUCUAGUAUUAAAAGCAAAUAAACACAGGACUACUGCUGCUACAAACAUGAAUGAUGUAAGCAGUCGCUCACAUGCUAUCUUCUCAAUAACCGUAAGUCAGAUCCAUAUUAACCAUAGUACUGGUUCCACAAGGGAAUUGACUGGAAAGAUUAGCCUGGUGGAUUUAGCGGGAAGUGAGAGGGUUUCUAAAACAGGAGCGGAAGGAGAGCAUCUAAAGGAAAGUAAAAAUAUAAAUAAGUCCCUGACGGCCCUUGGCAGAGUUAUAUUUGCUUUGUCUGAGGGGAAAGCGAGCUAUGUAAAUUAUAGAGAUUCUGUUCUCACGUGGCUACUUAAAAACAAUCUAGGAGGCAACAGCAAGACAGUCAUGUUGGCCACCAUUAGCCCAGCUGCAGAUAAUUACCAUGAGACCCUGUCCACUUUAACCUAUGCUGAUAGUGCUAAAAGGAUAGUCAACCAAGCAGUAGUAAACGAGGACACCACAUGUAAAGCUAUUGGAGAGUUACAAGAAGAAGUAAGGAUCCUCAAGGAAAAGUUAAGCCAAGCUGAGGGAAUGCACCGAGAUUUGCAAGAACUUCAGUCCAAACUUAGAGAAAAGGAAGAUCUUCUAGAAGAAUUGAACAUGACCUGGGAAGAAAAGCUUCAAAACUUUGAGGUUAUGCAAGAGAGACAGAAGCAUUUAGAUAGUAUGGGCAUCACAGUAGAGCAACUGGGGAUUAGGAUAGACCCCCAAAAGAGCUAUCUUUUCCCCAUACAUCACCAUCCAGAGCAUACAUAUUUAUUUUAUUUAAAAGAAAAUACAUCUGUUGGUGCUGGAACUUCUCAGGAUAUCCAGCUGAAUGGACCUGGAAUUGAGCUAGAUCACUGUGUAAUUAAUAUACUAGAGGGCUUUGUGACCUCCAAGGAAAAUGCACCGACUUAUGUCAAUGGUUGUCUCGUCUGCAAAAGCACUGACUUGUGGGAUGGGGAUAAAAUAACUCUAGGAAGCUACACAUUUAUGAUUCAUCUGCCUCACAGAAAGAGAACAGAGUCUGUAAAUAACUAUACUGAAGAACAGAUAAGAGCUGACUCUCUCAGCUUUACUCAAGGAAAAGAUAUAUUAGCUGGCUAUGAUAAUAUAACGUAUCAUAAUAAUAAUUCAACUGAGGGUUCAAGUUCUCCAGAUUUUAGACCGAACUCUGACUGUCCUAUGGCUGAUAAAAGAUCCAGUGUACUGGAAAGAUCUGCCAAACUGGAAGAGGAUAGUUACAGCACUAACAAGUUAAGUAAAGCAUCUCAACAUGAUAAUAUAUCAAGGUCUCCAUCCCAAGAGGGCAGUCCUACGAUGUCUUCAGCCACAAAGGGACGUGAUACCCUUGUACAUAUGAACAAAGUACAGAUAACGCUUGAUACAGAGGCAACAGACAGCCUUCUAAAUAGAUUUAAAAAUAUAAAUACAGUAGAAAUUGAUGGCCAAUCACAUGGGAAAUAUAACAAAACUAAAAGACCAUUUUCAGAAUUCCCAGCAAGAACCAAUGUUCUACCUCCGAUCCAUUCAUUAAGUAUUACCUCUCAGGUCGGUACAGCCGUUGAUGGAACAGUCUGUGAAAUACCAUGUCAUAAUAUUAAUAACUGUGUUAUAUCCCAGUAUGAUAAAACAGCUCAAGAGCACUGCAAUUCUCCUGUAAGGCAGAGUUCUGCUACAGACACCAAAGCCAACUCAGAUGUACAAAAGCGAGCAAUUGAUUCCGGGAGAAAUUCCUCUUGUCAAGAGCGAAACAAUGAUACCAUCUCAGACCAACAGGAAUUUCUACAUUGCUCAUCGCUGGGAGGGGCACGGAUAAGUGAGGACACAGGGCUGUCCCUGAAGCUCUUCUACUGGGAUAAAACCUUUGAUGUUUCAUGGUUAGCAGGGCAGCUGAAGAACAGUCUCCUUAUGCCCAUCACUGGCGUGUCCUUCAUUCCACUCUCGGUUACGUCUGAGGACGAAUGGAAAGCAGCGGCAGACAGAAAUUCUGUUAUAGUCGUGUGUCACUCCCUGCGAUCAGGGAAACCCAGGGAUUAUCUAAAGCCUUAUUUGGAAUAUUUUAUGAAGAUGUGGGGUCCCAGUAAAAUAACCAUGAUAAUUAGUGACCUGGAUUAUGACCCUCUUACUAGUAUGGAGUGGAGGGAUUGGUGGAAUAAAAGUCCAUUUGCCCAGUGUAAUCUUCAACUGUUCACAAAGGAGGAAAUUAAUGAAAAAAGAAGCCUAGAGCAAAGGAGGAAAGAUGUGAAAGAAAACCAGAGACCACAGAUAAACAUGAAUAGGGGUUCUUGUCAAGAGGCAACGCAACUCAUUCUGCAACCACAGGGGGGUCUAGUAGUUGGGAUUUGCUCCAGAGAACCUUGGAGCCACCAAUGGAUAGAAGAUCUUCUGAAAACUGAAAGCUUCAAGAAAAACAUCAGAGAUAUUCAAUCGAUCCGCAUCUCUAGCGAUAUCUCUCAGUUCCAAAAAGAUAUUUCUAAAUGUACAUUCUGUAUCCUGUAUCACUCUGAUAAACAGGGGGCGACAGAAGCCGCCAAUGGGCUAAAUGCACUGUAUAAUGAUGAACUGGGGACCAUGUUUCAUAUAGUUGGGAAACAGAGGAUCGUUAUGGUGAUGGCUGACCUGGAGGAUAGCAGUGGUAGAGUGAAGAGAAGAAUGCAACAUACACAGGCAAACAUCAUGAAGUUGACUUGCAGACUUACCCUUUUCAAUAGGGGGCAAAUAGAUUCCAUUAUAAAGGGGAAUAUCACCUCUAGGAGUGUAAAAAGGAAGCUGAAUAAACUACAGAAAACCCUAACAGAAGCCAAUCAUGGUUCCCGUGUCUCCUUUCACUCAGCUGCCAAGGCCAUCCUUUAGGUUACCGGCAUCCAUCUGAGUGUAAUCAUCAACAUCAUCAAUUCGUUAUUGCUUGAAAGAUUGAAACUAUUCAAUUUGGAUGGACCUGAGCUGGCAUGGAGGCCAUAGUUGAUCUGACAAAUAACUUGCUCAGAGCUGACUGCCCCGGCAUUAUGGGCCAGAUAUAAGACUGGCCGAAGGAGUGGAAGGAAGGGGAAGCGAGCCCCUGAUACGACUAGAAGAGAAAGACUAUGUGGAUACAAUUACUGUGACUCACAGACGUCCUAACAUUGCCCUGGAUUCAUCUUGAUAACACACAUAUCUAACCAGAGGUCACAUUGAAUGUACAGUACCUGUUGCCUAUACCGUAUAUACUCAAGUAUAAGCCGAUCCGAAUAUAAGCCGAGGUACCUAAUUUUACCUAAGAAAACUGGAAAAACCUAUUGACUCCAGUAUAAGCCUAGGGUGGGAAAUGCAGCCGCUACUGCUAAGUUUCAAUAAUCAAAAUAAAUACCAAUAACAUUAGGAUCUGUCAAUCAUACUGAACAAAUACAGCAGAAGUCACUAAAGUCUGCCCCAUGAGACAAUCUGUAGUGAGCAGAUCACUUUGUGCAUGGGUUAAGCAGCACUUCACUUCUAAUAUAGUCAGGCCCAUCUUCUGGAGACCAUCAAUAGGAAUGCUGAGAGAUUCAAAAGAGACUGUAUGUUUAUAAUGCCCAGUGAACAGUAUGCCCUCUAAAUAGGCCAAGCAAAAUAGCAAACCUAAAUGAACCUUCACUAUCAGCACUAGUGAUGGGCGAAAUGUUUCGGCAGGCAUGGAUUCACGGCGAAUUUCCGCGUUUCGCCAUUGGCGGAU